CAUUUGUACUCGAGUGUCACACCAAGCUCUUAACCCACAACCGCUGUUGUGAGACAGAAUUGUAGAGAAAGCUGGGAAAUAAGUGUGUGCGUACACAAGUACAUGUAUAUCUACAUGCAUAAGUGAGUGAAAUUAUAUUCCGGGUUGAUUUCCGUACACCACGAGAAUUUUCCUUUCAUCACAAAGCGUUCAAAGAAGUGAACUAAAUUUCCGCUAUUAUUAUGAUCUUAAAGAAGAAUACACAUCAUCAUUAUAAUGACACUUACGGGCAAGACCACUCUAACUGCCAACAGCAUCUACUUCAAAGUGGUGUCUCAAAUGUUGGAAGAAAUAAUGCAAGCAACUCUUGUGACAAAGGAAAACAUGAACCCAGCCAAAUAAAAUGGAAUACCACGAUCACGGAUGACACAAUUUAUUCUCAUGAUGACCGACAUCAAGAAGUCGUACCAAGAAGAAAUUGAAUCACUCUGCUGCUGCUGCUCUUUGUUUCUUGUCUCAAUUUUCCUCCAAUUUAUUGCAACAAAGAAAACGCCACAGUCACAGUGUCACCACUCCACAUACCACGACGACAACUACUUCUGCUCCUCCUCCUCGUUGGUUCAUCAGCUUCCGUUCUUGGCAAGUGUGAUGCCACAAGCGGGCCCACCAACUGUCACAACAACUAACACCUCACCUUCACUGAACCUCACUUGAUAUCAUUGCAAUCCUAAUCUCCGCUGACAAUCUUAUCAUGCACAAGUCCCCCUCUGAACAAUUUUCUGGACAAUGUAUGUUUACUUGUAGGAUUGUAUUCUUUGGGAUUUAAUACAAAUUGAGAUUCAAAAAGUCUUCGCUCCAUCCAGUUUGAGAUAAGAAUGUUUGUUCGAGGUGCUCGUCGUCCAGCAGAAAAAUGCAACCAUCUUGAGCUCAUCAAGUUCCACUAAUUAAUUAGAUUUCGCGAGAACCCACCACCAAAAUUAUUACGACAUUCCAGUGUUGUGCUGAGAUGAGAGGAGCGCAGGGGAGAUCAAUUUCUCUCAAACCAUAAUUAAGUGGUGCUCAGUAGAAUAUCAAUCACAUAGGCGAAGAAAGCUCGCCAGCGACAGCAUCAACAAAUUCAUACACUUGAAUGCUUGUUGUCGUCGUCUUACGGGCUAACCGAUCAACAAACCUCGUCUUCUACUUGUUCCUCCAGACAUUCCGUGUUUAAGCAGUUUGUCACUUUAGCAAAUGACACCACGGCCACGUCUCAACAACAGCAGUGUGGCAGUGUGCUGUCCCAAAUACGAUUAAUAAUUCAACACCCUAAUAAUCUGCGUAUUGAUUUUCGCUUGUGGUUUACCAAAGAAAAGUGAGGAAAUGCAUGGAUGGUUUGUGGUCGGGUUCUCUAAAUAAGAAGUAAACUGUCAAAUGUAAACCCCUGGAAACAGCAACCCACCGCACUCACCAGCAACCACAGUUUCUGAAUGGCGUGACAACAUAGAGUUGUAUUACACACUUUCCUCUCUCAUCCUCCUACUAGAGAGAAGCAGGCUCUUGAUAUUAAUACAGCAGUAGUGGAUGGAUAACUUUGCCCAUUUACCGAAAUGAUGAAAAAGUGUCUCGCCAGAAUGGACAGUGGGGUAUUUCAUAAAAGACUUCGUGGCAGGACUCGAAUGCUUUUUAGCGAUUGUCAUUUCCACUCAUAAUAAUGAUACCAAUGCCAGCGCAUCCAACUCUCAAUCUCCUCCUUGAUACUGCUCAGCAGUCCUCUCGCUUCUGCAAAAUUAUUGACAAACUUUCAUCAAGACAUUAUGCAGCAGUGAAAAUGUGCUAAGUAAAAAUACGGACUUUGAACAAACUCAAAAACUUUGAAUUUUGAUUGUUGGAUAAAUUCUACCCCCUUCUCAUACGUACUCAGAUAUCAUAGUCGACAUUUUGACAGUGCAGAAUAAUUAUAGAUCUGUAGAUUAGUGCAGUUGUAGUUGUUUCUUGUACGGAGAAAGUGAUUUCUGCUCUCUCAUUACUGCAGGGUUUGUUUCAACUGCGUAAAAUCCGUUGAAGGUGAAUGAUUAGCUAUUUAACUGACAAUGAUGAUAAUGCAAAUAAUCACUGGGAGGAUAAAGUGAGGGGGUUUUAUUUUUAUUAGCACAGUGUAAUUUCUCCGAUCCCUGCGCAACACAUCAAAAAGGCAAUCACAAGCCUUGCAACACAAGGUUGGAAGAAAUUAGCAACUGCCUCUUUACUGUCAGCAAGUAAUAAAUUGCAGCAACCAUGCCGGGUGGAAGACGGGGCUUAGUUGCUCCACAAAACACGUUUUUGGAAAACGUUAUCCGGCGUUACAGUUCUCAACAUCCGGAUAGCAGAUCCGGCUUUCUACUCGCCAAUGCUCAAAUAGUGGAUUAUCCAAUAGUUUACUGUAACGAAUCGUUUUGCAAAAUAUCCGGAUUCACAAGGGCUGAGGUAAUGCAAAAAUCAUGCCGAUGUGCCUUCAUGAUGGGAGAGCUGAGUGACGAGGCGUCAAGAGCAAGAAUUGACGAAAUUCUUGAGAACCAUUAUCAGGAUCAGUUCGAGAUACUUCUAUACAAAAAGAACAAGACUCCGCUAUGGCUGCUGCUGCACAUUGCGCCCAUCAAGAACGAGCGAGAUGUGGUGGUGCUCUUCCUUCUCACAUUUCGAGAUAUCACAGCGUUGAAACAACCGAUCGAGGCAGAGGACUCGAAGGGAACGAGUACUCUUUACAGUCUCAGCAAAUUCGCCAAAUUGGCUCGUUCUGUGACCCGCUCUCGGUCAGUUCUUGCCUCUCAAUUCUCAUCGCAUAUUCCAGCCGUCAGGGAACCGUCGAAGCAAUCAAACCUGGCUCAUAUGAUGAGCCUGAACGCCGAUUUAUUACCGAGCUAUCGUCAAGAAGCACCAAAGACGCCACCGCACAUCCUUCUUCACUAUUGCUUUUUCAAAGCUGUGUGGGACUGGGUAAUUCUCUGCCUGACGUUCUACACGGCUAUAAUGGUACCUUAUAACGUUGCGUAUAAAAACAAGACAUCCGAAGAUGUCAGCCUCCUUGUCGUCGACUCGAUCGUGGACGUCAUUUUCUUCAUCGACAUUGUUCUCAACUUCCAUACUACGUUUGUUGGACCUGGUGGUGAGGUCGUAUCCGAACCGAAAGUUAUUCGUAUGAACUAUUUAAAGUCUUGGUUUCUCAUUGAUCUACUCAGUUGCCUUCCUUACGACGUGUUCAAUGCAUUCGACCAUGAUGAAGAUGGGAUCGGAAGCCUUUUCAGCGCACUGAAAGUGGUGCGAUUACUUCGUCUAGGAAGAGUUGUUCGUAAAUUGGACAGAUAUUUGGAGUACGGCGCCGCAAUGCUGAUACUGCUAUUAUGUUUUUAUAUGUUAGUAGCUCAUUGGCUAGCCUGUAUUUGGUAUUCCAUCGGUCGUUCCGACACAGACAAUGGGAUGCAAUACAGCUGGCUCUGGAAGCUUGCAAAUGUGACUCAAAGCCCUUACAUUGUGUUAAACUCUCCGGAAGGCGGUCCUUCAGAGUUGACCUCUGGCCCUUCUAGAAAAACUAUGUAUGUGACUGCGCUUUACUUUACCAUGACUUGUAUGACCAGUGUUGGUUUCGGCAACGUCGCAGCGGAGACUGACAAUGAAAAGAUCUUCACAAUCUGCAUGAUGAUUAUAGCCGCUCUACUUUACGCCACCAUUUUUGGACAUGUCACAACAAUCAUACAGCAGAUGACAUCCGCAACGGCGAAAUAUCACGACAUGCUGAACAGUGUUCGAGAGUUUAUGAAAUUGCAUGAAGUACCUAAAGCAUUAUCAGAACGGGUGAUGGACUACGUCGUUUCAACCUGGGCGAUGACUCGGGGCAUAGAUUCCUUCAAGGUCCUAAACUACUGUCCGAAGGAUAUGAAGGCCGAUAUAUGCGUCCAUUUGAAUCGAAAGGUCUUUAAUGAACAUCCGGCUUUCCGUUUAGCCAGUGAUGGAUGUUUACGAGCGCUGGCCAUGCAUUUCCUGAUGAGCCAUUCCGCUCCUGGGGAUUUGCUCUAUCACACAGGGGAAAGCAUUGACAAUCUGUGCUUCAUCGUCACUGGGUCACUUGAAGUUAUCCAAGAUGACGAAGUUGUCGCAAUACUCGGGAAAGGUGAUGUUUUUGGAGAUUGCUUCUGGAAGGAGACGACAAUUGGACAGUCGGCCGCAAAUGUUCGAGCCCUUACGUACUGUGAUCUACACACAAUUAAGCGGGACAAAUUGCUGGAAGUCCUCGAUUUUUAUCAAGCUUUUGCCAACUCAUUCGCCCGUAACCUCGUUCUAACCUACGCCCUCCGUCAUCGCUUAAUCUUCCGAAAAGUGGCGGACGUGAAGAGAGAGAAGGAGUUGGCAGAGCGGAGAAAAAAUGAGCCACAACUAGAAGUUACGCAAGAUCAUUUAGUUCGAAAAUUAUUUUCACGGUUUCGCAAAGGGGGUGAUCGAGUCUCAACAGGGUCAAGUCUUCAAACAGAUACUUCCAGUGUUAAAGACAUUGAGAAAGGUGACAGUGCUCGUGCGAGUGAUAGUGAAAAUGAUGCCUCUCUGUCACAAGACUUGGGCAAAGUCGUCAAAGUUGCCCCUUCCACCACGAAACUCUCCACGGAGAAGGAUGAAGCCGGUCCACCUCCGAAAGCUGCACCUGUUGUCAAACCGAAAGGGAAAUGGGGAGCUUUAAUGGGGUCCGGCGGGGGUGGUGGCAGUUCAUCCACACCUCCGCAGCCUUCUCCUGCCGUCAAACCUUCCACAAGUUCCUUUGAUUCAGGUGAAGAAACCCGAGUUCAAGCAAUUGUUGAGCCACCCCCGCCCUCCGAACCCACCUCCAAGUUGGGAAAGAUAAAGCAAGCAACUUCAGGCAACAAAGUUUUCCCGAAACAGACGAAGCCUGGAAUUGUCACUUCUGGAAGACAGGAGACUAUUGAUGAGCUAACUGAAACGGCUUCGGUAGGAAGCCCUGCUAAAGACAUGAUUACUGGAGCUUCUAUUCUAGCACAACCAGCCACUUCUGCUGCAGCAGCCUUAAUGUCCUCGACCACUUCCGCAGAGUAUCAACAAAUUAUAUCAAACAUGAUGGAUUUUAAGGUGGACGUAAAACUGGAAAUCCAACGGCUAAACCAAAAGAUGAACAAGCUCGAAGAUCUUUUGGGUGACAUUGCCAACAAACUCAACCAACAAUUGAAUGGUCCCGGAAUGGGAGUGGCAGUUUCAUCGUCAAGUACACCUCAUUAUUCUCAUCGAUUGCUCAGCCCGACGUCUCCUAUGCACUCAGAUACUGGGGGUACAGGCCGUGAGGAAAGGGAUACAAGUCCUGCAAGCGGAGGGGAGGACCACGACGGGAAAAGAUCUGGUCGUCACAAGUCCAGUGGAGGUCAUCAUCAUCACAAGCAUAGAGACCGAGAUAAGAAACACCACCGUGAUCGGGAUAAGACUCCCGACCACGACACGCUUUCCCCCGAAUCCCGUGUGACUAGUUCGGAUGUGGGUGGUAGGUCCAAAGAUAAGCGAGGCGGGAGGAGUAAGGAGCGACCAAGAACUUCCAGUUCAAGCGGACCUGUCAGGGCGUCCACUUCCGAUUCCACAGUACAACAAAUGCUUGAAGAUGAGAUAGAGGAACAGGGUUCCAGCAGUAAAACGUCCUCGGCAGGGUCAAAAGAACCAUUAUUGCCUCCCAAGGCGGUAAUCAUACCCACUGGCAAAGGAUGUCGCGAGUUUCUGUGAUAUUCAUUUUCAAAUUUUUGUUUCAUAUUUGAUGAUUGCAACCACGGCGUUUUUGAAUCUAUACAUACGCACGUCUUUGCCUCACUUCAUAAUCGAUUCUUGUGUUCGGUAAUGUUUUAACACUUAAAAUUUAAUGAAUAUUUAUGUGCAGAAUAAUUGCACAGUUAAAUACUUAAAAAGCUAUGUAACUCAGUUCAACGCUGUUUAUCUAGCUUUUGAACAACACAAUAGUUAAAUAUUAUUAAUGUUUUUUAAGCAGCCACAAUUUUGUCUCGUAUCUCAGGUUCAUGGGUUUUUAUUAAAGCCUUUACUAGCCUAACAUAAAGUACAGAUAUGUACGUGGACCCCACGCUUAAAUUCAUAGAGUUUUUAUCCUCCAAAAUAAUUUGUCUUUGUUUCGCCUAAUCUCCAAUUUAUUUACUUAAUAUCAAUUUCUUAAGUUCUCGUCGCCGAGUACCUGUUGAUUGAAUUCAGCAUUGCUCAACCCUUUGUUCGCAUGGUCACCUGUGCGGACAGACAGUCAAGAAACAUGAGCUAGAAAGAUCGAUCUGUGGUUUCAGAUAUAAGUUUGAAUUUAUAUUCUGUCUUAUUUAGCAAGUAUUCAUAGCCAAAUUUGAACCCGUGACCUGUUUCUCCUUUGCACCGAUCCCCAUUAAAUUGUAUCAUCUUUCACUAAUUUUGGCUUCCUUUGGUAGUUACUUUUUUUAUUUCGAAGCGCUCAAUAGUGGUGCGCACUUAUUUUCUGCAUAACUUAAUCAGUAAAAAAUUAAUCACUCACGCGUCGUCACUCCUUUCAAAAAAUUCGUCCAGAUUUAGUGCGCAUCGAUUGAUAAAAAUAAACCAGCCAAUACAACCCUUCCGAUUGCCUCUCCAUGAGUUACUUUAAAACUUUUUGUACCAAAUAUCUACGUUCUAAUGCGUAUGCAAAACUUCCGUUUUAACCGCAAUUAAUUCGUCAGAAUAUCAAUCAACCUCCUACACUUCAACUUUUCACAAGCACUGCGUUCUAAGAAAUUGUACAUUCCGUGUGUUGCAUGAACCGUUGUAGAAGCCACAUAUAAUAAUCAGCACUGACAAUUUUCGUGUAUAAUAAAUACGAUACUUAUUGUAAUACUAAUACAUGUUUAAGGUAAUUCAUCAAAGACAUUUUUAAAAUUUUGUAACUCAUGAGUGCAAAUUGCCUAUUUUAAAAGUUAAUGACAGAAGAAAUUUUCAACCCGAACUUAACUAGAAAUGCUAUCUUUAUGACAAGAGCAAUAUAAGUGAAAAUAUCAUGAAUUUUUUAAUAGACAAAUAGUGAGACAAACUUUUCCAAUUUUCGGUCAAUAUAAAUAUAUAUUGUAUCCACAUAAAUAUUAUAUUCAUAACUGUCUCGUCUAUGAAUAAGCCUGAAACAAUAAGUUUUAAGUGUGUGGCAACUCUGUGCGGCACAAAUAUAAUUAUAAAUACAUGGAGAAUGGGUAAUUUCUCCACCAAAUUCGCAGAAAUGGGUACGUGGAUACAUUAAUACAGCCGCUUGAGGUUGUGUUAUUUCAAAAUCUACAUACAGCUCCAUCCGUUUUUUUUAAUUGUCGAUUUUAGUCAAGGCUCAAUCUCACGCGGCUGUAAAAUGUGUACUUACUUUGUACUUAUGUAUAAUGGGGCUUGGGAUCAGGGGUUUCUCUAAUUGUCUAAUUUAUACAUGUUUUAAUUAGCUCUACAUAGUCGUUAGUCUUGUACAUGGAUACUCGACAAAAUGACAUUGGGGAAUAAUUUAUCACUGCAAGUAAAUUACUUGAAAUUUCGCAAAGUACCUUCUUCACCUCUGACCUUAAACAAUCUUCUCGUUAUGAUUCUCUUUAUUGUUAUUAUUGGUUGAGCAACUCAGAACACAUUCUGAUUGCCAUCCAUUCAAAGUUUUAUUUAUUCCUUCAUCUUUGCAUGACGAAAUUGACUGUGUGCAAUGCAAAAUAAAGUGUAGGCUAUAUGAAAACCAUACAUACACAGAAUCCGGUAGCAAACGUAGAAUAUUGGCAGAUAUGAAUUUAAAUCUAUCCAGAAAUCUUGAUUACCUUACAACAACCUACAAUCCAAAUCUAUUUUCAUGGCAAACUAUAUUUUGAUGGACAUUAUGAGAUAUUAGGAAAAACAUUCCACAAAUUAGGGGUAGAUAAGACGUGUAUAGGAAUAAUAAUAAUAUGUAAUACGAUAAGUAAUACGAUUUGCAGUGUAAUAAUAGUAAUAAUGAUGUAAACUUGAUAUGCGUGUAAUCUGUUUUGUUAAGUUUCGAAUAUGACAAACUCUCAAUGGUGUGAAUUGGAAGCAUUUUGCCACACGUAACACACACACAUAUAACUUUUAUAAAGAUGACGAAUCACUUACCGGUUGGUUCGCUUCAAGUUUUCAUUCCGAAAAUGAUAACCCCUGCUUAAAUAUUAAAAUUAAGCUUACGAACAACCAACUAACUAACCACACUAUUGUAAGUGAAUGUACCAAUUAAAUUAAUUAUCAUCUUUGUCUAUGAUGAUAGGUUAAUUUAUUUAGCACUGCACUUUAGGUUAAGCUACAUUAUCUUGAAACUCACUCGUCAACCGCAAUUAUUACUUCUUACAACUCUUACAAUGUUUUAAUUAUUAAUGUUUUGUCCAAGUAAUGACAUUGUGUACAUGUCAUGCAUUUUGAACAAAUUAUUUAGGUUUUGCCUGUGAUAUAAACGAAAUAAACGUAACAUUUACUGCUACCUAUUCAAUUC